AUGGUUCUUGUCGCCGUUGCUGGCGGAAGUUCUCCGACAUUAGGACGGUCCAUUGUGACCGCGAUUCUCGCAACCGGCAAGCAUGAAGGCGUGAUUCUGUCGAGGAAACGCUUGGAUGCAACAGAAGCGCCGGCCUCUCUUUAUGGCGCACCGGUCAUCUACGUCGAUUAUGGAUCCAAAGAGCAGCUGGCUUCUGCGCUCAAGGAUGUCCACACUUUGAUCUCUGUUCUAAAGAUUGCCGACCCAAAGGACAUGAUCAACCAACAUCUCAAUCUCCUGGAAGCUUGCAUUGCUGCCAACGUGUCCCGCUUUGCUCCUUCAGACUGGUCCCUGGGCCCGUUGUCACAUUCCCAGGUCGAUCUACUCGCCAACAAGGAUGAACUCUGGAAAGUCUGUGCUCAUGUAGCGGAAAAGUACGGCAUUGCUUGUGCAGACUUCCAGACUGGAGGGUUCAUGAACUACUUUGCACAAGGAAAGACAUUCACAUCCGAGAAGGAUAAAGAGUUUGCCCUGGGUGGACUGGAAGAUGACUUGAUGCUCGAGUACAUCGACAUUCCCAAUGGCAAACUAGCCAUCCCACUUGGCGCGAGCGGUCAACCAAGUAAAAUCACAAUGACACAUCUAGACGAUGUUGGCAAGUUUGUUGCAGCUGCAGUUGAUCUACCACUGCAAGUCUGGCAAGGCCAUUUGGGAAUAGCAGGUGAUUCGUUCUCAUUCGAGGAGGCUGCAGAGCUUUUGGAAGGCAAAAAAGUGCACGUUGACCGUCAAACCUUGUUGGUGCAGCAAUGCGAUCAGCGCAUCGAGUCCUACGACGAUGAGCUUGCUAACCACUUUAGUAUAAAGGCCUUGAAAGGUAAAAUGGUGGCGCAGAUGAUGAAAGUGCAGUGCGGUGGACAAGUUGGAGGCGCAAUUGUCGCGGCCACCCUGAAUGAGCUGUGCCCAAGCCUCAAUCCAAUCACCAUCAGGGAAUAUAUUAAUUCAGUUUACUAG